GGGUAUCAUACUAAUCAUCAGAAUCCACCAAUAUCAUAAAAUCUAAUAUGCAUGUCAGUCUCCAGAUUUUUUUUUUUUAAUUCUUUGAAUGCUACAUGCAACGCAUAAAUUCAGACAAAAGAAUUGAAGAACGCCGUUGGUUUACAUUGGCGACAUCUUCUGUUCUUCUUUCAGUUAGUUGACGUGAUAAAAGUUAAUAAUAGCCGAAGAUGGAGGUUUCUUGAUUUGGCUUUUGCUCCAAUUAGAAGUCCCACAACUCAUUUUCAUCAGCCAGUUGUGGCUUUCAAGUUUUAUGGAAGGUUUUUAAAGUGGGGCCUACCAUUUUCUGAUGCAGACAUGUUAAUUUUAGGAAAGAUCACCAUUUUAAUAAUUUUGGGCUUCGUGGUUAGUUGCCUUUUCACUUGUAAUCUUUCAUAAUAUAUAUAUAUAUAUACACCGUCUUUCAACCUGUCGUUUUCGGAUCCAAUUUUAUUCUGCUUCCUUUUCUUGCUCCUCAAGUCUCCGUUUCUCUCUCAAGUUGUAUUUAUACCGAGUACAUAUCGGUUUUCAUGUUUGUUUUUGCGGAUGAACUUCAUGUUUCAUGUAGUGGAAGCCCAAAUUUGUAUAAUUUGAACUGGUGUAACGCAGGUUUUAUAAUCUUGGUGAAGGAUUCAUACAGUUUUCUUACAUUCACAUAUAAGGCUCAAAUGGGUCAUCUUCGUCGUCUUCUUCUUCUGUUAAUUCUAAUCUCCUUUUUACGAGAGUGCCAGUCAUGGGGUUGGUCGUCUUCUUCUAAAAAAGAGACUCACUUUGAAGAGAAAAAUUCAGGUCCAAAUGAUGUUUCCGGUAUUGCUGAGUUCUCCAUAGAUGGUUUUAACGAUCAGAAAGGAGUCAGGCAGAUGGAAACUGCUAAAAGGAAACUGGUUGGUGCAAACUCUUGUUGGCAAAACGCUUACCGGCAUCUCUUUGCUGGGUGCUCGGAGAUUUUUGCAGUGGAUGAGAAACGGUCUAGAUUUGCUUGGCAUCUGACUGAUUGCUUUCAGAAGGACUCCGGCAGGCCGCCCUUUCCUUCUUGUGACCCGAAAUCUGCCAUGGCUAAAUGCCUAAAGGGCUUAAAAGAACAUGAGCAUAGGGUUUAUCUCGAAUUCUACCUUGAAACCAACUCCAUCUGCCAUCAGUUACAGGCACAUGCAUUCAAGCAACAAAUAGAGAGACUGGUGAAUGAGCUAAAAAAUUCAGCUCACUUGGCCGAAGAAAAAUUAGGAAUCAUGGAACUCAAAACAGAAUACCUGUUGAAGAAUUCCAAUGAGAUUUAUGAUUCUUUGAAUAAUAUUGAUAUCCGAGUUCAACAAGUAGCACUAACAUCAAAGAAUGUAGAAGAUCGUAUAAGUGCGGUAUUGAAGCAUUCGGAAGCUUUAUAUGAGCAAUCCAAGGGAAUUGCAGCUUCUCAAUCGGAGCUGCAAGAAAGACAAGUGGAGAUGAGGAGAAGUUUGGAGGAUGGGAUGGAGAUGCUUAAAGAUUCUUAUGACGUUUUAGGCCAUGAAAUAGAUAAUUUAAGAAAUGAGGCCAUUCAAAUAGAGAAGGCGAUACUUAAACUUGGAGAUUCAAUGUCACUGAAGAUGACAAAUCUGCAAAUCAAAGCCGAUGAUAUUGGGAAUAUGGCAGGGGUUUCAUUAGAAAAGCAACAACAACUUCUAGAUGGCCAAUCCACGGCACUUGAGGGUCUUAAAAUUUUAACCAAAUUUCAGUCCGAUGCCCUAGAAGAAAGCAGGAGUACUCUGCAAGAAUUUUCUGAAUAUGGCCAUAGACAACAAGAAGAGCUUCUCCGGCAGAAAGAGCAGCUUCAAAGUGUUCAUGACCACUUGAUGGAAAACUCGAAGUCAAUUUUGGCAGCUCAGGAAUCUUUUGAAUCAAAGCAAGCAAGCAUGUUUAUUGCUUUAGAUAAGCUGUUUGCUUUGCACAAUGCCAUGCUGCUUGAAUCGAGAUUAAUUAAAUCUUUCUUUGUUUACUGUAUAUCAAUCUUUAUCAUCUACAUGUUCACUAGCACGAAGCAAACAUACAAAGUCAGACCCUGGCUAUAUAUCGGACUCUGUGUCACAUUCUUGAUAGAAGUAGCAAUAAUGCGGGUUGCAACAAAUGAUAAUAUUGAAGAAAAAUCUUGGAUAAUAAAUUUGGUCAGGUCAUUUUUUGCGCUUACAGCUACAAUUCAGAUUCUCCAUGCAAUUUGCACAUACAGAGACUAUGAAGUGCUGAACCAUCAGAUCCUACUAACGUUAAUUGAGAAGAUUAAUGGCAUGGAAAGACACGAGGAGUUGCCUUGGGACUUGGAUAGUGAGAUAAACUGGUCUGCAUGGAUUGAUACUGACAUAUCAGAAGACCCAGACAACUUGGAAGACCCAGAUUAUAUACUUCCAGAAGAAGUUGCAGAAAAUUCAAUCGUAACUAGUUCAAUUACAAGAAAAUAUGAUCUGCGCCGCCGUUGCCGUCAGUGAGAAUUUUGUUAGUUUUCGACAAUGUUAGUUUAAACACUUACCUGUUUGUUUCUGAGUUUCAUACAAUUGCCCGUUAAAUGGAGAAAUAUUUUUUUUUUGUGAGGAUAGUUAAACUAGUGAUCAACAGAACUAAUAGCUAGUUUCAUUUAGGUGGACCUGGUGUGUGGUGUUGGGUUAUAAUUGAGGGUGUGAAACUAGGGUUACUCCAGAAACUUACAUAUAUCGGUUGACAAUUAAUAAUCACCAGAUCCAUGCUAUUAGCAAGGUUCAUCAACAUUUUUUUGACAGAUACAGUGCAGCCUUUUGUGUAAACUCUUGAAUUAGUCGCAUUCUACAUCCUUUUGUUUCUACUACGGAUAAGGUGAAACC